AUGAGGCCUGAGAACCAGAGCAGCGUGUCCCACUUCCUCCUCCUGGGGCUCCCCAUCCCGCCAGGGCAGCAGGGCGUGUUCUUCACCCUGUUCCUGGGCAUGUACCUGACCACGGUGCUGGGCAACCUGCUCAUCAUCCUGCUCAUCAGGCUGGACUCUCGCCUGCACACGCCCAUGUACUUCUUCCUCAGCCACUUGGCCUUCUCUGACAUUUCUCUCUCGUCUGUCACUGUCCCCAAGAUGCUCAUGAACAUGCAGACUCGGCAACAAUCCAUCUCCUAUGUGGGAUGCAUUUCUCAGUUGUAUUUUUUCAUACUUUUUGCUGGUCUUGACAACUUCCUUUUGGCUGUGAUGGCAUAUGACAGGUAUGUGGCCAUCUGUCAGCCUCUGCACUACACCACCAUCAUGAGGCAGGGGCUGUGUGUGCUGCAGGUGGCUGGCUCCUGGGUUAUCUCCUGUGGAUAUGCCCUUUUGCACACCCUCCUCUUGGUCCGACUGUCUUUCUGUGCUGACAAUGCCAUCAUCCACUACUUCUGUGACCUCGCUGCACUCCUGAAGCUGAGCUGCUCAGACACCUUCCUCAAUGAGCUGGUCAUAUACACUGUUGGAGGAAUGAUUUCCUUUUUGUGUAUUGGUGUUAUUCUGGGCUCCUAUAUCCGUAUAGGGACCAUCAUCCUCAGGGUCCCCUCCACUAAGAGACUCUACAAAGCCUUUUCUACCUGUGGCUCCCAUCUCUCUGUGGUGUCUUUAUACUACGGGACAGUUGCAGGUGUUUACUUUUUCUCCUCAUCAUGGGGUUCCAAAGACAUAAUUGCUUCGGUCAUGUACAUGGUAGUUACCCCCAUGCUGAACCCCUUCAUCUACAGCCUGAGGAACAGAGAUAUCAAACAGGCCUUAGAGAUGUGUGUCAAGAGGAUUAAGUUCUUUAAGUGGCAAUCACUAAGUCCUCUGGUUGCAGUCAGGAGCACAGGGAAAUAUAUCUCCUAA